AUGUCAGCUCCCAUCAACCCAGAGCUGAGGAAGCAAGUCAUUGCCAUCUACAAAGAGCUCCUCUACCUCGGCCGCGAAUACCCCGCUGGCUACCAAUUCUUCCGGCCGCGCCUGCACAAGGCCUUCAUGGCUAACGCCGGCCUGCGCGACGAGGAGAAGAUCAAGGACGGCAUCAAUAGGGCGGACUUUGUAAGGAAAGAGAUCGAGACGCUGUGA